AUGAAAGACCAGAAAAGGAAGAAAAUGCUAGGUACGAUGGGUGCAGUGCUUAUUCUCUUUGCCACAGAGAGCAGGGGUAGCUGGGACAGUUUUAGUGGAAAUGCAUACAACAGUGUGUACAGUUCAUACAUAGGAGAAAACGGCGCAGAAAGUGCCCUAACAGACUUUGACUAUUCUUUCCUCACCUUGCAGCCUAUAGCCAGCAGCAUGCCUUUGCACGGGUACAAAUCUUUUAAUACAGCCGAGCAGUAUAUUCAAGGAGAACAGGAUACAGAAGAGCCUGGUGUGAGCAAGAGCGCCUUCAACGAGGUAAAUAGCAAUGAUCAGGCACUGCGAGAAGGGCACCAAAUAGAUGUAUUGGACCUUGACAGCAUUGAAGUGGAUAGGAACAGCUCUAUAUACGAUCUGUCAAAGCCAAUAGAUGCAUUUGUGGAUAUGUACCACCUGCCAGCACUUUCUGUAGAAGAGCCGGGUGCGAGCAGCACUCUUUCUGCUCCUGCAGAGCCAACUAUCAGUGCUUUAUAUUUAAAGGCCAGAAAAAGAAAAAAAGACGAAAUAGAUGCAAUUGCUCCUCAAAUAGUAAUGGCACCGAGCACUAAAAAAGAAAAAAAAGAAGAAGUCUUAGAAGAAGAAGAUAUUCAAGAUAUCACCGAUGAACAGUGGGGGAGUGUGGAUAUAGCGAAAAAAGAAAGAAAGGUGGAGGAUCUUGAGAUCAGACUCUGGAACGACAAAAGACUGACUAACAUGAGAAGAAUAAGCUACAAAACACUGCAUCAGACAGUCUACAAGUAUGAGAGCAACGACUUUGUUUUUUACUUGCCCUGCGAAAUAAGGUACAAAACCCACCAGGAAAAUAUCAAGAAAGACAUAGAAAACUAUUGUAGAAAGGUUGCUCCUCUGAUAGAGAAGAACGCGCUAUGGUACUUUAUCGCGAGCAGAUCUAGAAACACCGCUUCAAAGUGCAGAGACCUCUUGGGUCUAGAAGAGCUGUUCAAGGACGAGAGUGCAGAUGAGCACAAAAAGAUGGUGAUGGGUCUUACAGGAUACUAUUCUGGCGUGUUUGAGGACAUGCUGAAGUACAUGGAAAAACACAGAGCACUAAAAACUAGCAAAGAAUACUCUCUGACCGUGUGGAAGGAAACAUUGGGGGACAUAUACAUCAGAAAAAGGCCGGAGAUAAACUAUUGUCUGGUGGAGGGACAGGAAGCAAUCAGACAGAUGAACAGGAAAUACUCUGCUCUAGGCUAUGCAGUGCGAAUGAUCCUGACACUCCCUGAGGUGUACCAGGACUUUUUCAACAUCAAAUUAAAGUUCAUAAAAAGCACUAGAAUCUACAGAGAUGUGUAUAAAAAUGGGCAAGCCCACCUGCUCCUCCUGUCUAUGCACGCGCUUGUAAGGGAGGUCAUAGAAGACAAUGCGAGAAUAGAAAAAGAGUAUGAAAACAUAUACUGUGCUCUUGAGGGUAUAUAUAAGAAAGAUGCACAGAACAAGUCAACAGCUGCCAGGAUAUACAAGCAGCUGUACGCGGUUCUUGCAGACUUCUAUGAUAAAGCAAAAGUGUUUGAUGCGAACGAGUAUGUCUUGGCAGGAAAGUGUGUUAUAAAGAACCAGACGUACAUCAAAUGCAAGGCAACUUUGGGCGCAGUGCUGGACAAAGGAGCAUACUCGAUACGAGUCUACCGCUCUAUCUACUCAUUUGAGACGAACAGAUGGGACAUUUCGCCCGAUGUAGAUGCACACUACCACGUGUACUACGUGGACAACACAACGCACCAGCUCAGAAAGCUGUGCAUGCCCAUAUAUAAAGAAGAGGGCAAGAGAGAAGAGUACUACCUGCACAGCAUCGAGAGCAUAAUAAAACACAUAAAAAUGCUGUAUAAGAUAGAGCUCACAUCAGAUUGUGUGCACCCGUUCAAAGUAAGGAGAGAAACUAGAGAGUGGACAUACAUUAGGAGAGGAGACAGAAAGAUGACAGUGAAGGAGCUGAAAGAGUAUGAAGUGGUGUUCUACUACAUUGAGGAAGACCUGAAAGAAACAAAGUUUACAUUCGCAGAGCUCAGGCCACUGAAAGCAAAUAAGAACAGCAUCUGCAUACCCCUCUUUCUCACGCCUCUGAUGCAGUCUGCAGUGGAGCUAGGCCCUUUUACUAAGGAAAGAGUGCACGCAGAGCUAGACUCAAUAGAGCUCGAGAAUAGAGUGCCUAGUGUCUACAUCUAUGAUUUAGCGUAUAUAGGCAGUGAGUACUCGGACAUGCAUGGGUACUACAGCAAUCUGUACAUACAUCCAAAAGGAGAAAGUAAAAGAAACUCUGAAUGCUAUGCCAUGGGCUACAAAACGGAAAAACAGCCAGACAACUCCAUGAAAGUCGAGUGGUGUGCGAGAAUGCCAAGCAGCGUGGAUGAGUAUACGCACUACGUUCUUGAUAGAGGUUUUAGAGAAGAAGAAAAUGAGAGAAAGUUCUACAGUUUUGUCAAUGCGCUGGAGUCCAGAGAGCACAGCCGGGACAGCGAGCUUCACGGCAUUUGGCUGAGAAGUAGCAGAAGAGAAAACAGCCAGACAGAAGGCCUGGCGCAGAAGAUAUACACAUGGCAGGUGACGCUUCAAAUGAAUGCGUACAAGAGGCAAAGAUUGGAUGUAGAGGAAAUCCAGAAGAGAAUAAGAGACACAGAGGAGAAGUUUAAAAACGCAAAAGAAAAAUAUACGCGUCUAGGCCUAUUAGCAAACAGCGCUGAAGAAGCAGAGAAAAAGAAUGCCAGGAACUUAGUAAGUAUCAUAAAAAGCAGGACAAGGAAAAGGCUAGAAGUGCUGCACAAAGAGCUGUACAAGAAAAUGUCUGAGAAGCCAGACGAGCAGGCAGAGUUUAUAGUGGUUAGGAAUGUGAACAGCAGCAAGUCCAAUCUGGGAGCACACAACGAGAUCCUUGACAUUUUUAUUUCGCACUACAACCGGCAAAAGAAAGUCUCUGAGGAAUAA